AUGACUGGAUACUUGUUGCCGAAAACACCUCGUGUGUUUGGUAGGUGGACGGCUACCGAGAAGUCGAAACACGUGUGUUUGAUAGGUGGACGGGCUCCCUUACUCAGGAUUAACUUGGUUUAUCUUCCAGUAAGGCUGAGUGAGCCCGGACUCGUUAGCUGGAUGUAG